ACGCUGCAUGCAGACAGUAAAAGGAGUAAGAGCAUGUCUUACAUUGCGAAGAUCGGCCCGUCCAUCCUAAGCAGUGACCUGUCCCGUCUGGGCAGCGAGUGUGUGCGGAUGAUGGAGUGCGGGGCAGAUUACCUGCACCUCGACGUUAUGGACGGGCACUUUGUCCCCAACAUCACGUUUGGCCAUCCCAUGGUAGAGUGCCUGAGGAAGUCCGUAGGCCAGGAGCCUUUUUUUGACAUGCACAUGAUGGUGUCGAGGCCGGAGCAGUGGGUGAAGCCCAUGGCUGCAGCAGGAGCCAGCCAGUACACAUUCCACUUAGAGGCCACCACCAACCCUGGAAACCUCAUUAAGGAGAUCAGAGCGAGUGGCAUGAAGGUGGGUUUGGCCAUAAAGCCCGGUACUACUGUUGAAGAGCUAGCACCCUGGGCUAACCAGAUCGACAUGGCUCUGGUCAUGACUGUUGAACCUGGCUUUGGAGGACAGAAGUUCAUGGAGGACAUGAUGCCCAAGGUGAGCUGGUUGAGGAGUCAGUUCCGUUCGUUAGACAUUGAAGUAGACGGAGGCGUCGGUCCUGACACCAUUCAUAAAUGUGCAGAGGCAGGAGCCAACAUGAUCGUGUCAGGCAGCGCUGUGAUAGGCAGCGACGACCCUCGUUCCGUCAUCGCUCUCCUGCGCACCGCGGUGGCCGAAGCAAUCCAGAAACGUUCGCUUGACCGCUGAGAUGUCCGCUUUGUUGGUGCUCUACCUGCCCGUCCCAGCAACACAACACAGCGGCCGGUGGAACAGACAUUUCUGUUGUGGAGGUCGGGGGUCACGGUCAGAGCAGGGGGCUUCUGUGGAGGAGCGAACAGACGGCCAAAUCCAAAUCACUUUUGAUGUGAGUGACGCUGCACAGUGCCUCUGAAAAAACUUUUCUGGACUUCAUCCUGUCCUGCCACAAUUUCCUCUCUGAACAGGUAACUCGCAGUGAGUCUGGCCUCAGCACGGGGACGAGCAUUUCACGACUGGAGCCGACGUGACACUAGAUUUCACAUCUGUAAACAUUCCUGACUAUUCUUUGAUUUACACUGUAAGUUUGAAGUAUGAAUUAAUUGUGAAAAUAAAAUGGCCCGAGGAGCACUGUGUUUAGCACAUCUUCAGUUUUGCAAGUCAUUUUUUGACUUCAACCUGAAAUUAUGUUUCAUACCUUGUUAAAUAGUUUUGGCUCUUCUCUCUGCUGAGGAACAAUAAUGUACUCUUCUAAAUUCCAUGAGAUUUGGUUGUGCAGAAUAUAAAAGGUCGGAUAAAGUGAAGUAUGGAUCCGUCGCAGUUUGACCUUGAGUGAGGUUCAUAUCAUCAAAUAGGAGAAGGGUGUUGGCAGACCAAUUAACUUUAUUUGUACAGCCAUGAUUCCCAAAAAGUUGGGAUGCUGUGCAACACAUAAUUAAACAGAAUGUGCUAACUUGCUAAUUCUUUUUGACACAUGCUCAAUUGAAAAC